ACGCCUGGCCUAAACCGGUGAGGGGAGGGGAGGGGAGGGGAGGGCUCCGCUGGGUCCCGUCGCGCCGUGGUGACUCACAGCUCCCGCCCCCUUUUCGCCCGCUUUCUCCGGGCCGUCCCUCGUACCACGUGCCGUCCUGGCCGCUCCCGGAGAGCCCUUCCCGAAGGCCCGGAGCAGCUGCUGUAAAAUGUCGUGAGGGACGUCGCUGCUUUGCGGCCGCCUCUCAGAACCGGAGCCCGGGAGUGCCCACCGCAGUCGGCGGUUCCUUCAGCGGGGUCCUCUCCACGGAGGGCGAAAGCGCUCGGCGCGCCGCUGGCUUUUUCCGUGCGCCGGCGAGUGCUCCGGGCGAUGUGAACUCGAGGCGGCUGCUGUGCUUCCCGGUCCGGGCGCUGAGGUGGGCCGGCGGGAUGGAGGAGAACAUGGAGGAGGAGGAGAUGCUCACCUACGAAGCAAUGAUGGACGACCAGAACCACAACAACUGGGAGGCCGCCGCAGACAGCUUCCGGCAGCCUCCGCCGCCGCCCUCGUCGUCCAUCCCGGAUCCUGGCCGAGAAUCCCCGGGGGGCCAGCUGCUGGCUGUGCCCGCGGGCUCCGUGGACAGAAAGGGCCCUAAGGAGGGUCUCCCUAUGGGGCCUCCGCCCUUGCCGGAGCCCAACGGGGUGAUCAUGAUGUUGAAGAGCUGCGACGCGGCCGCUGCGGUGGCCAAGGCGGUCCCUGCCCCCACCCCCAGCUCCACCAUCAACAUCAACACCUCCACCUCCAAGUUCCUAAUGAAUGUUAUAACAAUUGAAGAUUAUAAGAGCACAUAUUGGCCAAAAUUAGAUGGUGCCAUAGACCAACUUCUAACCCAGAGUCCUGGUGACUAUAUACCUAUAUCCUAUGAACAGAUUUACAGCUGUGUGUAUAAGUGUGUGUGCCAGCAGCACUCUGAACAGAUGUACAGUGAUCUGAUUAAAAAGAUAACCAGCCACUUAGAGCGAGUAUCCAAGGAGCUGCAGGCCAGCCCUCCAGACCUCUAUAUUGAAAGAUUUAAUAUAGCUCUGGGACAGUAUAUGGGAGCAUUACAGAGCAUCGUGCCUCUUUUCAUAUAUAUGAAUAAGUUUUACAUAGAAACUAAGCUUAACAGAGACUUAAAAGAUGACCUUAUAAAGCUGUUUACAGAACACGUUGCAGAGAAGCACAUUUACAGCCUAAUGCCUUUACUUUUAGAAGCCCAGUCAACACCAUUUCAGGUCACACCUUCAACUAUGGCAAAUAUUGUGAAAGGCCUGUACACUCUCAGACCAGAAUGGGUUCAGAUGGCUCCAACGUUGUUUUCUAAGUUUAUUCCAAACAUUCUGCCCCCAACUGUGGAAUCUGAACUUUCUGAAUAUGCUGCUCAAGAUCAGAAGCUUCAAAGAGAACUCAUACAAAAUGGUUUUACCAGAGGCGACCAGUCCCGAAAGAGAGCUGGGGACGAGUUGGCUUAUAACAGUCCAUCUACUUGUGCGAGUUCCAGGGGGUAUAGAUAGUAACUGUUUGAGCACCUUUUCUCCUGGAGAGGAGGCCCUGGAGCUGCAGAAACUGUUCCAGGCACCACGGGGCCUGCACCACUCAGGGGCUCUGUCAGGCUGUUCUCAGAGAGAGAGGAUGCUGCACUUCUUUCUUUGAUUUUUCAGUUUUUAAAACAAGAACUAACAAAAACAAUUGCUGCUAGACUUGGGGGUGAUUUUGAAAUGGGACAAUCUUUUAAUGAAUUAUCUACAGAGCAAGUGUCUUGGAGAGUGGCCAUUGCUAAGUAUAGCCCAACGUUCGAAUCAGCUUCCUCCAAAGAUGCAAGAAGGAAAGAAUCUUUUUUUUUUUUUAAGCUCUUGUCUUGUUCAUUUGUGGACUUGGCGCAUGGUGUCUCAUGUCAAGGUAUCUUUGCUUUAAAGCCAAGCAAAUGUUUCAAUACAGUGUUUUCAUCCAUGCUUCAAACCUUUUUAAAAUUCAGAAUGGUCUCUGUUUAGCAUUAGACUUGUAAAGGAAAAUGUUAACAAUUGUGUUCACUGUAACUUUCCCCAUUAUUUCACAGUCUCAACUCUGUGCCUUGAGCUUUGUGUACUUUGCUUCCGUGUGACCAUGUCAUCAAACUCACAAUGCUUUCUGGAGAUGUUGCUAUCCCAAACCAGCCCACCAUGGCCCCUGUUGUAUAGCUUUGUGUUUGUAGCAGGGCCAGAUUGAAAAAAAUGGCAGCACUCGAGGCUGGCCAGAAUUCACCCUACUGUCCCAGUUCUCAUGGGGGUCAAUUCUUGGUUUCCUUUCUGCUAUCACCUCACCUGAUUAGUGUGGGUGGAACCUUGGUUUAGGGCUGUGAUUCCUGUAGAGACUGCAAUAGUGGUAGCUACUCCUUGGGUCCUUCUAGAGACUAGUAGUUACUAAAGCCACAUGUGGUGAGUAGUUCUUGGUCCAUCUCAUUUUAACGGGUACAUUUAGUACUUGUAAAAGGUCAGCUCUGCCCUGCGUCUUGGAAACAUCAUGUUUGAUAUUUGAGUGCAGCAGGGAGUUUGCACUGGUGAUUGAAGGCUCUCUUUAGCUGUAUUUUCUAUUUCACUACACCAGCAGUACUCUUUAGUUCGUCACAAAAGUCAGAAGCUUAUUCUAGUUGUUUUUCAGUGGUAAACAAAAAUAGACAUGCAAGGGAAAAAUAUUUUCUCAAUUUUGCUUGACUGUGAAGUGAGCAUUGGCUUUGUGCCACUAGGCGCCAUCUGACAGCGAUGCUGACCCUUGAGAGACUGCCCCCCAGGACACUACUGUGGACUCUGUUGGCAGAAGAGCUAGAAAAGGGGCACUGGGGACAAGAUCUUCACCCAGUAGCAGCCCUGUAUUUGCAAACAAUGGUCUAGGGAAGGAAUAGCUAGGAGCUGACAGCUUGGCUCUGUCGGUACUUCUCGGUACUUCUCGGCAGGCUUUAGUUGGCUUUGUUUCAUUUGAGCUGUAGUGAAGAACUCUGAGGAGGGACAGGCUGGCUCUUAUGGCCCACAGUCUUUUCUGCUCUAAUGUCAAGGGAACUUUUCAUUUUAUCAAGAAACCCAAAAGGUUACUUUUCUGAUGGAAUACUUGCCACAAAGUUGUCAGUAUCAUUUAAAACUGGUUUCUUUUACAUGGCUUUAAUACUUUUGACAGUAGUAAAGUUGGAACAUUUUUUGAGACAUAGCAGGUAAGUGUCUUAAUUAUACCCUCCUCUCCCCUGGGAGAAAGUAAUUUCUUUUUCCCACGGAACUUUCUCUAUACAAUUAUUCUGUUAUAUAAAUUGGCAUUAGUGUGGGUGCUUUUGUGUUAUUAAAUUAAUGGAGAAAUAGUCAUACUCAUUUUGUUUUAGCACAAAGUAUGUAGAGAAAAGCCUGUGACAUUCUCUGAGUCAGCUGGGCACCACUGUGCUGGUACUGAAAGGCAUGGGGAAGAUGUAUGCACUCUUAAUGUAUAAAACUUACUUGGGUGAAAUUGGGCUUGCUUAUUAAUUAAAAUCUUGACAGAAUUCUUAGCCCCCAGUUAUGAGGAAAUAAAAUCUGUUCUUUCCCAUCUUGUA